AAAGCCUUUUAUGGGGACGCAUGUGUGUUAAAGAUUGAUAACGAGUAGCUAUUUGCUGUUUUGUUUCUUCUUUUUUUGCCUUUUAAACAACUAUUUAACUCAACGUAUUAAGGUAAGCCAUAUCAUCAUUAUAACGAUACUUAUAUUUAAGUGGUCGUUUAUUGUAAAAGAGUAGUAUAUAUUUGGAUAGGUUAAAAUUAACUCUUAACACCCUCCGUUUUCCCUCUCCUUCAAAGUCUCCUUUUUUUCUCUCCUCUAAAUUCUGGUAUUGUGAAAAUGGAAGAAUGUAGUAGUAACGAGUCGGGUUGGACCAAGUAUAUCGACCCGAGUCCGAGCGAGAGUUACAACUACAAUAGCGGGGUUGAAGAUGACGACGACGGUGUUCGUUGUCGUCAAUCAACUUACGGUUAUAAGAAAAAGAAAAACAAAAACAAGGAUGACGUUAAUGAUGAUGAAGAUGAUGACUCCUUUGCUUCGGAUGCGUCAUCGGGUCCGGGUCAUUACCACGAUAUCGUCGAAGCUGAAAACAACCAACAUCAUCAUCAACAACAACUACAAGGGAAGAAAUCUAGCAAAGAAGGGAAGGAGAGAAAGGAAACAAAGAAUAACAAUAAUGCUGCAAAAUAUGGUAAUAGGAAAGGAAAGGAGAUUACAAAUAAACCAACUAGUACUUCUUUUGUUUUGAAAACAAAGAAAAGGUAACAAAUUUACCAAAUUAGUUACUUUUUACUUGUUAGAUUAGGUAAUUUAAAUCUAGGCAGGGGGGAUUGGUAACAAAAUGAAGGGUAAUAGAGUAAUUAAGAUCAAAUAUGUUGGGAACUUAUUCUUUGCAAUUAAUAAUUAAGUUUUAUUUUUCUCAAAAUUUUAA